AUGAAUAAAUCAUCGGAAAGAAAAAGGGCUAAUCCCUUAAUUGAUUUAAUAGAAACAGAAAAGAAAUACAUAAGUGAUUUAAGAUGUUUGCUAAAGAGAGUUACAUCCUGUUGGAGUUCUAAGGAUCUUCCUCCGCCCGAAUUGGAUGCACUGUUCCUUGCUAUCGAAGACAUUUAUAAACAGAACAAACAAUUUCAUUCGAAAUUGGCAAAGCUUGGUACAUCCCUUCAGUCCGCAGAAGAAUUUGGAAAUACGUUGGUGAAUGAAAUGGAAGAGCCAUACACAAAUUAUUGUCGAAAGUAUCGACAAGGUUUUGAUUAUAGGAAGGAUAUUGAAGAAAAUUUGGUUUUACAGCAGACUCUAAAUGAUAUUUCUGCUGAAAACAAUCAACCAGUAUCAUUGGAUUACUUUUUUGACAUUCCGUUGAAAAGGAUUCAUUAUUAUAAAAAAUUAUAUAUGCGGUUAUUUAAAAGCACGGAACCUGGUCGUUCCGACCACAUCAUUUUGGCUUCUGCAAACGAAAGGCUUGAUCUCCUUAUUAACUUAGAAAAGCAAGCUAAAGAAUCAAAUUUAAAGGAUCCGAUAAUCACUUCUCAAACGUUGUAUCACACUCACACUGUACCUUCACGUUCAGUGGAAGAACGUGUC